AUGUCGACUCUUGAGGAUCUCGAGGACUUGGAGCGCGAGCAGAGAGACAAGAAGCAAGACCAGGGCGAUGGAGACGGCAAGAAGCCAGACGGCGACGACAGCGACGCCGAGAUGAAAGAUGCCGAGAAGAAAGAAGACGAGGAGGAACUCCUGGAUGACGAGAUUCUGCACUCGAGCACGGCAGACAUCAUUAAACGUCGGCGGAUGCUUGAGAACGAGAUGCGCAUUAUGAAGAGCGAGUUCCAGCGGUUGACACACGAGCAGAGUACAAUGCGGGAGAAGGUCAAGGAUAAUCAAGAGAAGAUCGAAAAUAACAGACAACUACCAUACCUCGUUGGAAACGUGGUGGAGUUAUUGGAUCUGGACGUGGAGGCCGAAGCCGCAGAGGAAGGUGCCAACAUCGAUCUCGAUGCCACCCGAGUGGGCAAAUCCGCCGUCAUCAAAACAUCCACCCGUCAAACCAUCUUCCUCCCCCUCAUUGGCCUGGUCGACCACGAAAAGCUCAAGCCCAGUGACCUCAUCGGUGUCAACAAGGACUCAUAUCUCAUCCUCGAUACACUACCCGCCGAGUACGACAACCGUGUGAAGGCUAUGGAGGUCGACGAGAAGCCGACGGAGAAAUACACGGAUAUUGGUGGUCUGGACAAGCAGAUCGAGGAGAUCGUUGAGGCCAUCGUUUGGCCUAUGAAAGAGGCGGAGCGUUUCAAGAAAAUUGGCAUCAAGGCGCCGAAAGGUGCUCUCAUGUACGGUCCUCCUGGAACCGGUAAGACCCUGCUGGCUCGAGCGUGCGCCGCCGAGACCAACGCAACCUUCCUCAAAUUGGCCGGCCCACAACUGGUGCAGAUGUUCAUCGGUGAUGGCGCCAAGCUGGUCCGCGACUGCUUCGCCCUGGCCAAGGAGAAGGCGCCCGCUAUCAUCUUCAUUGACGAGCUGGAUGCCGUCGGCACAAAGCGUUUCGAUUCGGAGAAAUCCGGUGACCGUGAAGUCCAGCGGACAAUGCUGGAACUGCUGAACCAACUCGAUGGAUUCGCCUCGGACGACCGCAUCAAGGUCCUGGCUGCCACCAACCGUGUCGAUGUUUUGGAUCCCGCCCUGCUUCGGUCUGGUCGUCUGGACCGCAAGAUCGAGUUCCCACUGCCGAACGAGGAAGCCCGCGCCAAUAUCUUGCAGAUUCACUCGCGUAAGAUGUCUGUCGAGGACAGCGUUAACUGGGCCGAACUAGCCCGCAGCACCGACGAGUUUGGCGGUGCCCAGCUCAAGGCCGUUUGCGUUGAGGCUGGUAUGAUCGCCCUCCGCAAGGGUAUGACCAAGGUCGGCCACGAAAACUACGUCGAUGCCAUCUCCGAAGUCCAGGCCAAGAAGAAGGAUGCGAACAUGGGUAUCUAUGUUUGA